AGCAAUCAUGCAGCGCCGGGUGAUUUGAUAUAUCACACAGGCGAAUCAGUCGAUGCUCUAUGGUUCGUUGUUUCGGGAUCGCUCGAAGUAAUACAGGAUGAAGAAGUGGUCGCUAUAUUAGGAAAAGGCGACGUGUUCGGUGACGAGUUUUGGAGGCAGCUAGGAACGGGCCAAAGUGCUGCAAAUGUGCGCGCCCUCACUUACACCGAUUUACAUUCCAUAAAGAAGGAUAAACUUAUGGAGGUGCUCGACUUUUACAAGGCCUUCGCGAAUUCGUUUGCUCGAAAUUUGGUGCUUACUUACAAUCUCACCCAUCGAUUGAAAUUCCGCAAAGUGGUCGACGUUAAAAGAGAAAAAGAAUUGGAUGAAAGGCGGAAAAAUGAAAAAUUGACAGUACCAGCGGAGCACCCUGUGAGAAAGCUACUGUUUCGUAUGCGGGAGAGGCACGGCACACGAAUAUUUCCAUCACAAAUUUUUGCUGACAUUGAGAAGGGUAUUAAACGGGCGGAUAAUCGGCAGCCUUCUGCACUGCUUGGAUUUGAUCUAGUUGGAAAUCACAUUGAUGGAAGGCAGCAAACCCAACAAUUUCCUUUUAACCGCCGAUCUAUGGGUAUCCGUGCGUCUGCGAUUUCUGCCGAUAAUUUACAGAAAGAACGAUGGAGCUUGGAAUCAAGGCGAAGUGGUGAUCAUAUUGAUCUGGCCACGCUACUCCCUGAGCUGAAAGCUUGCUUCGGACGAAUUGAGGAGAAGAUACAUGUCGUUGAUCAUCUGUCUUACAAGCUGCUUAACCUGGAAAGGCUUGUGCUCGGACUCUACCAUGCCACUGGAGCUAAAUCACCAUCGACAAUGACAGUGGACUCAGUAGCACCGACCGGCACCGAUCCAAACGCGCUACGCAGUUCAUCCUGGUGCGCGGAAUCAGCAACGCAUUCGCCUGUUUAUAUUCCGCCGCUACGACAUCUCAGUGCUGAGCCCGGAAAUGCUGAUCAGACAUCGCCGGCGUCCAUUCACAUUCCGUCGAUACAUGUCGAAAAUGGAACAACUAGCACUACCUCACGAACGGAACUUAUCACAAGUCCUCCGGAAAGAACGCGCAUAUGA